GAUCUUGCUGUUGGCCCACAACCAGUACUUGUACAUUGCGGAGCUGACUGGAGCAAGAGAAGCAGGGAGGUUGCCAGUGCUCUUGCCGACUGGGCGUCUGCAAACAACUCAGGCUCCUUGGUUUGCCGGAGUCUGGAUGUUGAAAGCUGCCCGGCCACGGUGCGAGCGCGUCACAUCAAGGGCCUCCCAACGCUUUUGCUCCUCACUCGGGGCCGCACCUUUGCGCGUGCGGACGGGGCCAACUUGGCUGAUCUACAGCGACUCCUCGAUAUGGCUGGCCCACUCCUGCAGGACACCCCGGAGGAUUCCCUGGAUUGCAGCCAUGCUCUUCAGGCAGCAGAGGAGGCGCUGGCCCGAGCAGACGGGACUGCAGGUCUUGAGAAGGCAGAGCGACUUUUCCAGCGUGCUUUAAGCAGUGAGCCAGGUCGCUCGGACCGCGCCUUUCGGGUGCGCCUGGGUUUGGUCCAAACAGCACUGGAAGCUCAGACGCCGCACAGGGCUGCUGGACACGAGGACGAGCCGGCAGAUCCGGCAGCAGCAUCUGCAGCACCUCCAGCAGAGCGAGUUGAGGCUUUGACAUCUGCAUUGUCCGAGCUGUCAAGGCACCAUGAGCAGGAGCUGCCUGGUGCUUCAGAGCUUCCGGCCCCUGACGCACUGGACUGUGCAGUCCAACUGGCGCAUGCUGAGUUGGUAGCAGAUGCGUGGGCGCCUGAUGCAGAUGUCAGCGAGAAGGAGAACCACAUCCUGCGACUGUGGGCCCGUGGCUACCGUAAGGCAGCUAUGACGGAGGCUCUUGAAUGGUACAGGAUGGAAGCUGGCACUGACACCUCUGGCCUCAUAGAGUCCUUGAUUGCACCGGAGCGGUUCAUUCCAGACCGGCGAGGUGCAGUACCAAGCAGGAGUGUGUACUCCUAUGUCGAGGGCCUGCCCAGAGACUUUCAGGCUGCUGGGCCAACGGCGUCAAGAGCGCUUCUGAGGCGGAUGUUGGCAGCUGCUGUGGACGACAAGUUCAAGGAGGGCAAGCCCAACAGCUUGGUAGCCGAUGCGCUGGCAGAUUUGACGUUCCUCCUGGACCGAAAAGAGUUUGUUCGUUUCUUCACAAGAAGAGUUUGGUUGGGCAAUGGCGGCGCGCCCAGAACCGGGCGUGGCACCGGGAAGCGGAGUGGCUUCAGCAAGCGAUACUGGAUCAGAUACAAGGAGACUUUCUAUCCAAACACCAAGAAAAUGGGAACUCCACAUUGCGACAAGAACGACUGA